AUGUCGGUCUACCUUCCCAUCGAGGUGUGGGAUGAUAUCUUUGGUCGCCUCGAGAAAGGAGACCUCUUCAACAUUUCCUUGGUCUGCAGGAUGUUGAACGGGCUCUCCUUGUGGCCCCUUUACCCACCCACACCUCCUGGACUCAAGACUCUCGAGGUACCCGUCCAGGUACUGAUGGGUUUCAAUAAUCUGGAUGAGCAGAACAUGUCCGGGGUUCUCCCGCGCAGUCUACAAAAGCUCACGCUGCAGUGGGACGUGCCGGAAUGUCAGGGGCCCAUUAUUCUCCAUGACUGGAGCCCCAUUCGGAUCUUCAACUGCUUGCAGAGGUUUCUGAACCUCCCGGACCGGAGUGUGCAAGUGCCGGACUUGACACAGAUUGUGAUUCGAUUUCCGGCCCCAUGCCCUACUGGGGAAUUUGACUUGGAUUUGCUCGACUGUGACCAGUUGACGGAGGAUUAUGGGAUUUUGGUGCAAGCGAAGAUGGAUAGGAUGACAGGGGGAUACUGGGCUUUGAAGCAUGAGUGCGAGUGAUCCAUACCUUUAUGGAAACUCGACUCC